UGUUCGUUGGCUCCUCGGGCCUGCGCGAGGGGAGGGUCAGGCACUGACGUUGGCCGAGCCUGUGCAUUGAAGCUUUUUCCUAAGCUGUUGUAGUGUUUUUAUGUGCUGCACCUACAUGUGUGUGUAUACGUGUGUUUGAGGGGUUCUGCAAUACAAUUCAUGUGUUGACAGCACUAGGCAGUAUUUUGAGUCCUUAAGCGAGGAGUGUGCUCAGCUGUCAAACGUUUGAUGAAAGAGGCUGCAGAACUGAAGGAUCCUACAGAUCAUUAUCACGCACAACCUUUGGAGGACAAUCUUUUUGAAUGGCACUUUACUGUUAGAGGUCCUCCAGAUUCAGAUUUUGAUGGAGGAAUUUAUCACGGACGGAUAGUACUUCCACCUGAAUAUCCCAUGAAACCACCAAGCAUUAUUUUGCUGACGGCUAAUGGCAGGUUUGAAGUGGGGAAGAAAAUUUGCUUAAGCAUCUCAGGGCAUCAUCCUGAAACAUGGCAGCCUUCAUGGAGUAUAAGAACAGCUUUACUAGCAAUUAUUGGAUUUAUGCCAACCAAAGGUGAAGGAGCAAUAGGAUCUCUGGAUUAUACGCCAGAAGAAAGAAGAGCUCUUGCCAAGAAGUCACAAGACUUCUGUUGUGAAAUGUGUGGCACAUCUAUGAAGACAGCCCUCUUACCACUAACGUCAGGAAGUGGGUCAAGCCAGGCAGACAAGGAAGCUAAAGAACUUGCCAGACAAAUUAGCUUCAAGGCAGAAGUCAAUUCGUCCAGGAAGUCAGAAGCAGAACCUUCGAACUCAGCAGGACUGAACCGCUCUGCUACUUUACCUGAGCCCCAGCAGGAUGGUGCAACUCGAGCAUUCCGGGAUCCAGCAAGUGCAACGUCGGAAGCUCAGCCCAGCAGCACAGCACCCGCUCAGGAGCGUGCUCCAUCUGUGCCCACAAACACAUCCCUGAGUCCCCGGCAGCGUCGUGCCCAGCAGCACAGCCAGAGAUGGGCUCCGGCUUCAAAUGACUUUAAUCGGGUGCAGCAGCCCAGGGCCAACCCCAACCACACUGGAUCCACUGUUCUGAUCGUCCUUCUGACCUUUGCGCUAGCAGCUCUUAUAUUUCGGAGAAUAUGCUUGGCUAAUGAGUAUAUAUUUGAGUUAUAAGGCUGUUUCUGUUGUAUGAGCAGUGAUUUGGAUGCUCCACUGAACAUUCUGUAUUGCGUUUGACAUGAGAACUGUUUACAAAGAUUACUUUUGUAUGUACGCUUACGUCCUUACGAAUGUUAAUGUAGCUGCAGAUACAUUACUUGUAAGAGAAGCCAAGCUGGACGUCUGACUGCAAGAAGCAUUAACUCGGUGCCCAACAGGUUGUUGGAGAGAGUGCGGUGAAGUAUUGAGACUAAAGGGAUGUGUGAGGGAAGCGGUGCAGUAAUUUAUUAAUUAGAAAAAGGCAAUUUUAAAAGUGGCUGAUUCACUUUUGUUUUUAAUGAACAUAAAUGCGGUGAAUGACCCCCUGUAACUCAGCGUAAGGUCGAGCGUUGGAGACUGAAUUACAGAGCGAAUCAGUACGAUGCGUUGGGGCCCAGCGAGCUCUUAGUUUAGAGGGGUUACAGCUUUGUAACAGCUUUAUUUACUGUGAUGCGUUGCCGGAGAGUAGAGCACAUACAGGUGGGUUGAUAUUCUGCUUUGUGUGUGUGAAAGGGGGAAAUGAGUGGGACAGGGGCCAGAAAACUAUUAGGGUUAUUUUGCUUUUAAUUUGUUUGGAGGUAAGAUUGGAUAAUCUGCAAGGUUUGAAUGUCCUCUUCUAAUGCUCUCAACUGUAUAUCUUGCUCUUUUAAAAUCUGAAGGUUAAUGUAAGACACGUCUAUUCUUGCAAUAGUUAUAAAUAUGUAAUAUAAUUAUUUACCCAGAGUUAUUGUCUUUUAAUUAUACCAGAAGUAUACAUAGUGCAUUAAGCCAAAUGUUUCACUUGUGGUUUUAUUUCCUCAAGAAAACUUAAACCUUAUUGUACUUAAGCUCUCAUACGUAUAUGAACGUGCUUAAGAGAACUAUUUAUUAAAACUUGGUAGUAACAGACUGUUUCAAGUCACUCAUUGGUUACAUCUUAAGUAUUUCAGAGCCUUUUAAUUGUUUUGUUUCGGUGGUUUGUAGCCUGAAAUCAACAUUGGACCCGGAGACUUUCUGUAUUAUUAUUUUAUUAAAAAUAAAUAACUAGUGAGAUACUCA